AUGUUCAUAUUUUCACCGUAUGAUACUUUCUCUCCAUAUGUUCCUGUUCUUAGAGCGGGGCUGUAUCCCAAUCACUUUGCGUAUGAUGCUGAUUUGGUGGAAGCCACGAGAGAUGCACAGCAAUGGCUCCGCAAUCACGCACAUGGACUACUCAAAACACCCCGCAGCACAACCACCACACAACCAACCCACACCACACACAAAACGGACGACGCCAGUACCGACGACGAGAUUGUGAGUGUAGAUGAAUCACGAGUGACACUGACCACCUCACGCCAAACGCUCACUCUGACCACUGUGUGUGCCACGGCAGCUGAGGUGAGUGGCACAGGACCACCACACUGGGUGUUUAAGGGUUUUAGGGUUUUAGAGUUUUCGCCCUGAGGUGAGACUGUGGUGUGACAGUUGGGGUGGCAUGGGCGUAGCUGC